AUGCCUCCACUUACCAAUACCGCAGUCCUCGCACUCGUGUACGGCGACCACUUGGCCGAGAUUCUCACACACGCCUCCAAACCCGCAACACCUACCCUAGACCGCAUCGUCGAUGAAGGCGUCACCACAGGCCUCAUGCUCACCCCUUCCGAGCUUACCUCCGCCGCCGGCGCAGCCUCCCUGUGCCCUCAAGUCUAUCAAAUGGCUGUCUCCAUCACCUCCGCCUCCGGCAUUGUCUCGCUGCCCGCCGAAGACACUGCCGCCGAACUUGCCAAUCCAUCCCCCGGCACCCGCGUUUUCCUCAUAGACGCAGGCUCCGACCUUCAUCUCGCAGAAGCGGCCGUCACCGAAGCUGCAGCCGCCUUUCCGGCACGCUUCAAGCACGAGCCGACACGCGCGUCCAACCCCGACGUCGCCCCGACAGCGUCCGCGAUCAUAGGCGUCAUGCUCGUCGGCCGCGGUGAGUGGGAUGAUAUGCUACCUUCGCCGCGUCGCAAAGGUCCCUGUUGUGAUUUCCCCCUCCCGCGUCAGAGCUUUGAGACUGGUGAUGAGGAGACACAGCUCGCCGGCUUUGUCGCGUGGAGCGGGGAGGGGCUCGUCAGGAGGGAUGAUAGGACAAGACUCGGGCAUGCGGGUUCCGCGCCUGGGGAAAGCUUUUUAAGACUAGAGCAGGCCGUUGCCGAGCCGCUGUCGAAGACGGGCUUACUCAAAAAGUACGGCGCUUGACCCGCAACGAGGCCUGUAUGGGCCUUUGUGUUGGUAGAAGGAACUGUUUAUGUUCUUUGCGCUAAGAACCACGCUAUGUGCAUGUUCGUUUCAGUUGACCGGUCUUCUUACAAUAAAGAUGGGAUGUUUGUGCGUGCAACUUUCACUCGCUGGGAA